AUGUGCAUCUAUCGGCUGGUUCAGGUUGACUGGGAAGCUGAUUUGAUCGAUAAAUCUCUCGCCGUUAAAGCGAAAAAGGCUGAAAGACAUAAAGCAAAACAGAAGUCAAAGCAAAACGUGCUCAACGUCACCGUAUCAGACGGAUCAAUCUCUCCGCAACUGAAUGGUAAUCUAAAACGACAAGCACCGAGUACAAUUCGUUCGGCUUUUGAUGUAUCUUCGUCGCCAGCCACAGAUCUGGGAUUGAAACGGCGCUGUCAUAGUUUACCAUCCGACAUGUUUUUGUGUUUGACCAAGUCCGCUAGUUCCGCUUCCCUGUUAGAUGAUCACUUUUGGCCCGAUGGGCCUGACGAACUGAUUGAGUGA